GAAUUGCAAUAACACAAAUAAAAGGCGAAGACGUGGAGCUGGAGAGUACAUGUAGUUUGUAAUCGUUUCACACCUCCAAGGCUCUCACAGGCAUGGCGGAUAAAUUUGACAGUGCUUCUUCGGUGGUGGACUUGCUUGCCAAAGUCGAGAUCGUCGCUGAGGACGUGCUGGCGACGAAGCAACAGGUUGUUGAUUUAGACCGCAGGCGGCAGAGCACCCGGGAAGCGCUGCGCGUCACCUUGAAAUCGCUGCAUGCUGAGGACGAACAACGUGCCCAGGUUCAAAAAUCAUGGAUUUGCCUUGGCAACAUGUUUAUGAAGCUCCCCACGAAGCAAGUCAAGACGAUGCUAGAUACCGAUCAGAAACGGCUUGGCGAGGAGAUUGAUAGUGUUCGCGGCACUCUGAAAGGCAAGGUUGCAACACUGCGAGAACUUCAGGGUCAACCAGCAUUGAAGGGGUACGACCUGAACCCAAUGGGAUCCGAUGAACUAUUUGCCGCCACUGGACAGCGUAGCUGAUGUUCUACUGAUAUGGCAAGCCGGUCUUGAUGAUUUCGUCUUGAUCAUUCCGCCCUUGCCUGGCAGCACUCGUAGAGUUGAACUGCCACGCCAGCAAUCUGGCCAUUGUGUUGGCACUGCGACGGCGCCUUCGGCAAGAUACCCUGGGCCCUGUGGCUCUUCUUGCUGCACAUAAACACCCUGGUGUGAAGGUGUGCGCGUAUCAAUUGGCUGCUUGCACGGGUCACCUGGCUGUAGUGCUGCUACCACCAUUGCUCUAUUCCUCAGCUCCUUGACUGCUACUGCUGCUGUACAUGUAUGGCGCAGCAUACAUGUACAGCAGUUGGUCAUACAUGCACAACAUACGACUAAGCCACCAGGCGAGCUCCAUAUUGCAGCUGCCCUUGGAUAUUCUAGCAGUGUAUGUAGUCCAGCCUGUCACUGGAUCUUCUCAGGGAAGUUUCCCCCGUCAGCAAGCGAAUGGGCCUUCGGCUGCUGCUACUGCAGCCGAUGGUGGUGCGUGUGCAAUUUCCAUCUCUGUUGAUCAGCGUUUACUGCAUCGUAGCGUUUAGAUGUGAAGCGGGGGUAGAAGAGCCUGUGUUUUCCACAGCACUGCACGGGCAGUAGUUGCCUGCUCCUGUACUAAAUCUGUAUAGACUCCACCGCGCUGGAAGUCGCGGCGCCUACUCUGUAUAGACUCCGGACACAAGUCCUCCGUCAGUAUCACCCUGAGCGUCUGAAAUCUAAAACGCUGCAUAUUGUUUUCGCGUUGAGAUGAGGCGUUUCAGUACAAUUACUUCAAUUAUAUUGGUUACUUUUUAUCUCUCCCUGACCUUUCUUUUUUGUACGUUUCUUGUGUCCUAGCCAAAGAAUGUUUUUUUGUUGAUGCUGUCCAGAGUCGGCCAAUUGUCAGAUUUUGCGCUUUGUGUUGAUGAUUAUGAGCAGGAGAGCUUAUUCUGAAGAACACUAACUGAAUAUUCAUCUCUCUCUCUCUCUGUUUGUUGUAGGCACUGAGAGUCUGGGUUUGCAGGCACAACUGGCUACGUGGCCAGUACAUAUCACGACCGUGUCCACGACUAACAAGGCGUUGCUUUCCUGUAUCUGAUGUGGCUAACUGGGGGACAUGGAAGUUAACUGAGAAACAGCACAAGAAAAGUGAUCACUCUCCGGCAACAGCGGUCAACGAGUGUGACACCUAGGGUCUAGUUGUGUGGCUACUGCUACAAGUACAACAUGACAGCACAGCGGCGGCUGUGCUCAGUCAAACUACAAUGUACAGUCGUGUAGGUGUAGUUGUAGCACAAGGUGGUGUGCAGAGCGCCACUUGCAGCAUGAUCAGUGUCGUUGUGGAAUUGGCCGCCGUUUAGCCUUGUGAAUUGCCGUGUGUCUGUUCUUGCCUGUCUGCAUACCACUCUGACAUGCGGUUGUGUAACCGUGAUCCACCAAAACUGGACCACUACAAUAGUAACUCUACUUGUAGUCAGAACUAGGAAUUACAUACACCCACUGGGCCAGUUCCGCGAUCACAUUACAAAAACACCCUAACCCGAACUGGUAUUUUGGCCCAGUUGGCCAAUUGCCAGGAAUUCCCUGCUCUUCUGACAUUUCUAGAAGAAGGCACCGUCCUUUGUUAGUUGAUUGUCGCUGUUUCUUCGUGCAACAUAAUUAUAUAGACAUUAGUAUCACAUUACCACGUACUCUUGAUAUGAAACAUAGAACAGACAUACCCGCAUAUACACACAUGCACAUACACAGACAAUAUUACAAUGCCCUCUGCUGAUAACUGCAGGUUCAGGAAGGACCAGCAGCGUUUCAGUCAUGGAGAGGAAAAGGGAG